AUCGGUGUACCGCAGCUGUCCUCCGAUGUCCUCCUCGUCCUCAAACACCCCUCACCACCACAUGCAGCACCCCCACCAUGACCUUUUACCCCCGCCACCAUCUCCUCCCCCUCCUACGCAUCUGAUGCCGGGGUGCAAACCUCCUCUACCCCCUCCUCCUGUAUUGGACCCAUUAAUGGGCAAAUCAUCUCCCUUCGCGCCCUCAAGCACCAUGGGAGGUGGUGGGGAUGCCCACAGGCAUUCGCAGAGCGAUGACGAUUCAGGAUGUGCCUUGGAGGAGUAUACUUGGGUGCCACCUGGGCUGAGGCCAGAUCAGGUUCACUUGUACUUCAGCGCCCUCCCAGAGGACAAAGUCCCCUAUGUAAACAGCGUUGGUGAGCGGUACCGGGUACGACAGCUUCUGCAACAGCUGCCUCCUCAUGACAAUGAGGUGCGGUACUGCCAUGCACUCUCGGAUGAGGAAAGGAAGGAGUUAAGGUUAUUUUCGGCGCAGAGGAAGCGGGAGGCCUUAGGAAGAGGGACUGUCAGGCAGUUGAGUGCUAGUAUGCAUUGUGACGCGUGCGAAGAGCUGCUAUCUUCAGGAGAUAUGUGCAUCUUCGCGUCGCGAGCAGGGCCGAACGUGUGCUGGCACCCCGCUUGCUUCACUUGCUGCGUUUGCAAAGAGCUGCUCGUAGACCUGAUUUAUUUCGUCAAGGAAGGCAGAUUGUACUGUGGCAGGCACCAUGCAGAGACCAUCAAGCCUAGGUGCUCCGCCUGCGAUGAGAUUAUUCUAGCAGACGAAUGCACGGAAGCUGAAGGAAGAGCCUGGCACAUGAAGCACUUCGCAUGCUCAGAAUGCGAGAGACAACUGGGUGGCCAAAGGUACAUAAUGAGAGACGGAAGGCCAUACUGCUUGCACUGCUUCGACGCCAUGUUUGCCGAAUAUUGUGACUCCUGCGGAGAACCUAUUGGAGUAGAUCAAGGACAAAUGUCACACGAAGGUCAACAUUGGCAUGCAACCGAAAACUGUUUCUGCUGUCACACUUGCCAUACGUCUUUGUUAGGAAGACCGUUUUUACCCCGCAGAGGUGCCAUCUAUUGUUCCAUAGCUUGCAGCAAAGGGGAACCUCCUACACCUAGUGAUAGUUCUGGUCCCCAAACUCGAGUUCCUAGACAGCAGUGCCGUACCCGUCCUCCAAGAACAGCUAGUCCAAAUGAUAGCAUCACACCUCCUCAAAGCCCGCGACAAGGAAGGCACAUGCCACCUCCAAGGUCUCCUACGAUGUCUUCGCCUUCUUCUCCUCCAGCACCGCUUCAUGUUAGCCCUUAUGUCACCAGGUCGCCAACCGGGUCCAGGUCUCCAAAGAUGGGUAAGAGAGCCCUCCAAAGGUCUCCGAAGCCUCCUUCCAUACCAAGUACUCCUACUUUCCAAGACACCACAGCUCAAACUGGAGAAGAACUAGCCACCAGAGGUCUAACGAGUGCCUCACCUGUGAAUAGAGGAUUGGACAGGGUGCUUUUGGAGAGGAACCUUGAACGGUUACUUGUCGAGAGGGGAAAUCAGGGUCAUUCUUCUGACUUGGAAAAACUCCUUCACGCUCGAGAUAGAAGUAGAGAACCCCUGCACUUAGCAGAUUUGAGUAUAGACGAUUGGCCUGAAAGACCUGAAGAUAGUGACCAUCAAAAGCAAGAACCGGCCAAUGAAGACAAAGAGAGUAGCAGGAGCGGGGCAGAAACUCCUCCUCAACACGCGUCAUCAAUGCCAGAGUUGGGAGUUCAACAAGUGAGUAGCGAGAGUACGGGGGACGCAACCACGCCUGGAUCGUCAAGUAAAAGGAGUCGAGGGUUACUUAGCGUCAGGUUUCAAGGUGACAAUGAAGCUUUUGAAGCCGAUGAAGCUGAUGGAGAGGCAAGACGGUUUCCACGAAGUCGAAGCUAUUCUGGAGGAGGCGGACGGCCUAGUAGGCAUGGAAAUAGUCUAGAAAGGCGAUCAAGAUCAAAAAAGUCAUCCACAGAUAUCCAGGCUCCUUCUACAUCCUCGCGACGAGAUACCGAAGACGACUCUAUAAGCUACUGCUCAACCUGUUCCUCCAGCUCUUCCAGUGACGAUCUAGACUACCAGCUCCCUCCAAGGAGAGCAUAUGGUGGAGUGAGGAUCUCCUAUGUCCCCAACGAUGCUCUUGCCAUUGCCAGAAGAAGACAAGCCACAGAAGGACAGCACAGAUCACCAGGAAAGCGGCCAAUGGAUGAUAGAGAUAAGAAUUGCGUCAUAUCUUGAUGUUGGCGGAGAAUGUGGGUGAAAGAGUGUGGGAGGAGUAAAUGUGGUGUCUACUGCGAAUUUAUAAAAAGUGUCUAAGCUAUCAGCAUUUUGCCGCUGUGUUGCAGGAGGAUAUACGUUCUUAUUAUGAUUGGUCUCUCUAUAUUUUAUGAACAAAACAUCAUCACUCAUGAAAUUUAGGUCAAGCGAUUAUCUUAGCAAACAACACAGCGAUGUUAGAAAACCAGAUAAGAAGAUCAACAAUUCAAGAUACAAUGAAGCCUACGCCAAUGCAGUUCCCUAGUGGCUCAGAAUACUUUUAUAAAGUCCUACUAUAGAUAAGAUUGUAAGCUAGAUAGACACGUUUCCAAAUGACUUGACAAUAAGUGAAGCAGAAUCAAGAGACUCAAGCCAAGGUGAUCCAAUAUGGCUAUGUCAAUCUGAGCAACCAACAAUACACGUUUCAAGCAACAAUGUAUUAUUAGCAAAAUUAAAUCAAAUUCAAGCGAAUAACCAAAUGAAAAUGGUAUUUCCCAUUUUGAAUUGGUAUUUACCGAUCCCUUCAAGCAAGUGUGGUUAUCAGUUUGGUUAUAAGGUCCGUAAAGUCAUCAAUCAGCUGUUAUACGUCAUAGUUAUCACCGAAAAAUCGUGGUACAUAUUUACCUAACUCCGGAGUAGUUUUAUCACAGUUUUAUAUUUCUGGUUAUUAUUUUAAAUGCUACAAGGUUGAAUUUUGGCGGGUAUUGGACAUUUUUGUUGUACCUCAGCUUCAUUUUUGGGAAACCUGAUACAGGCUUCAGUUUUAGCAUAAAGUGGUUCACCUUAUUAGUUAUACUGAUUACUGUUGUUGGGGUCACUUUAAACCUAUUUCCUUGGUGUGUAGCCAUAUAUCACAAAAAUAUUAAAUUAUAUAUAAAGGGUGUUCAGAUAAGGACGCUCGAAAGUUAAAAUGGAAAAAAAGGAAAAAAAUUUAAGUCAGCACUAAAAGUCUAUAUUGAUCGUAAAUAGCAUUCGACGACAUUAUGUAUGGAAGAUUAUAUCGUUUAAAUGGCCACCGCCACUGCGCUGUACAGCGUGCAUUCGCAUGGUCCAAUUUUCGAGCACUUUUCCGCACAUUUCAGCGUCUACCUGUCCGAGGACGCGAAUGAUGUUGGCCCUUAAUGCUGCAAUUGUUUGUGGCUUAUCCGCAUACACUUGAGACUUCACGUAGCCCCACAGGAAAAAGUCUAAAGGCGUUAUAUCGCACGAUCUUGG